CGACUAAUCUGUCAGUGACAUCGAUAUAUUGCAAUGUCGAUUGUUACUGGUGGUGUGAUAUCGAUAGCAUAACAAUUUCAAAGAUUUCAAAGUAGCACAGCGUAGUGUUUGGUACACCUAUACACGUCUAGGCGAAGUUGUUCGUUGUCGUGAGGAAGGGCUUUAUCAUGGAGUGACGAUUGUUGAAGAUCGUUGUUUAUAGCCUCCCUGUCGAAACGGUUCCGAUCAAGGUUAAAUCGAUAGUUAAUCGCUUAUUUUUAAGCGUCGUGCGAAUCAGUUGGAAAAAAUGACCUCGAACGAAGCAGGCAUAUCGCUCGUCGCCCGGGAGGAUAUCAGCUGGCGAAAAGAUUUAAUUUCGCAGUUACGUGAAAGAAACAGAUCGCAAACUAAUUGCUUUGCAGAUCUCAUCAGUCUGCAUAAUAGGUUAUUUGAAAGUGCAAACACUUUGCGAAAUACAAAUAUGCAAUUGACGAUUGCAAAUGAAACCCUUCGUCGUGAGGCAGCUAAUGGCAAUAUUGGCAUAGGUGGAAAUUCUGAUCUUGAAGCUAGACUUUUGAAACAAGCAGAAGAAUUGGCAAUGCUACAUAAGAGAAAAGGAGAACACACGCAACAAAUAGUAGAUCUAAAUAAUAAAUUGCAAGAAAUAACAAAAGAACUUCAAGCAAAGGAAAUCAGUCUUGCAGAAAGUUUGGAAGCUAAUGCCAAUUUACGUUUAGAAAUAACUAAAUGCCUCGGUAGAGAAAAGGAAACUGAAAGUAUUAAUCAGAUGCUCAAAGAUGAACAUCAAGCCUUGCAACUCGCUUUUGCAUCUUUAGAAGAAAAGCUUAGAAAAACACAGGAAGAAAAUCGACAGUUAAUUGAACGCUUAAUAAAAUAUAAAGCCAGAGAUGCAGAAAAAAUGAAUGAGGAAAAUGACAACUUUUUAAGUUUUACGAGACCAACAACCUUUUUGAUGCAUACCUUUUCAAAAUUCGGAAAAAGGCAAGCAAAGAUGCAAAAAGAAUUGGAAGAUGCAGCACGAGAUACACGACCUGUUAGUCCCGAUCGUUUAAGCUUAAAAGAAGUCGCUGGUCUUCCCACAGCAGUGCCAACAAAAGUAUCCGUAACAUUUAAUGCCCAUGAGGGAGAAGUAUUUGCUGUUAAAUGGUCGCCUACUGAUAGAAUUCUGGCUACUGGUGGUGCUGAUAGGAAAGUGAAAUUAUGGAACAUUACUAAAGAUACAUCGGAGAGCAAAGGUAUCCUCGUCGGCAGCAACGCUGGUGUGAUGUCGGUGGAUUUUGAUUCGACGGGAACCCUUAUUCUUGGAGCAUCCAACGAUUAUGCGAGCCGCGUCUGGACUGUCAGUGAUCUUCGCCUAAAGCACACGCUCACGGGCCACUGCGCAAAGGUGAUGGCGGCGAAGUUUCUUGGCGAGCCGUCAAAAGUAGUUACGGGAAGUUAUGAUCGCACGUUAAAAAUCUGGGAUUUGCGCAGCAAAGCAUGUAUAGAGACAAAAUUUGCUGGAUCUAGUUGCAAUGAUCUCGUAACUUCAGACGGUGCUGGUUCUACAAUAAUCAGUGGCCAUUUUGAUCAAAGAAUCAGGUUUUGGGAUACGAGAGCUGAAUCCAGUUCAAAUGACAUUCUACUAGAAGGAAAAGUUACAUCCUUAGAUUUAUCCCGUGACGCAAAUUACCUUUUGAGUUGUGUGAGGGAUGACACGGUGAAAUUGAUUGAUCUACGAAUGAAGAAGAUUGUUGGGUCGUUCAGCGCUGACGGUUUCAAAGUGGGAUUCGAUUGGACAAGAGCUGCUUUCAGUCCUGACGGGCAAUACAUAGCGGUUGGUUCCGCAGACGGUUCCGUCUUUAUCUGGUCUAUAGCGACGAAUAUGAUCGAAACAAUACUAAAGGGACAUACGGCAGCAGCAAUUGCUGUAUCUUGGCAUCCGCACGGCAUGUACCUGGCAUCUGUCGAUCGCGCCAAGACAGCGACAGUUUGGGGCGACCAUGUUUGACAGGAGGAGUGAUCCCGGGACAGACGAUUAUUGUUUCACGCAUGAAGGCCUCAUGCCAUUCUCGAGCAUCUCGCAACCGUGAAAACAUAGCGAACGUGCGCGCGUUCACGUUAGCAAUGCAGCGAGAAAAUCACCCAGUGUACGCCCAGCAAGAGGAUAAUCAAAAUUGUUGGUCGAUUUGACCGCGCGGGUUGUAAAGCCUUGUAAGGAUGCUGUUUCGAGGCUGUAAAGCGCAGACACCACACUGAACAAAUCCAGAAGCGGUAGAGACUAUUGUACAUAAAAUUGCACUUAUUGUUUCUCCCAGGUUGUAAAGAUUCCCUUUUUAGAAUAGUAAAACGCCGCACCGCGUCGUCUGCCCACAGGAAAUUUAAGAGAUUAUCGUAGUUACUGGUGUUUCGAAAUUCGCUAGGUAUACGCUUUUUUUUGCUAACUCUGAGAGUACAGUCGUGUAUCAAUCGUCUGUACCGCCAAUUCGGUCGCCUUCAUGAUCGAAAGUCUAUAUAUGGCAUUCAUUCGUGUAAAAAAAGUGUAGAAUAUUUUUUUGUACGAAUGGAUAUUAACCCGUUAUAAAAUAUAUACCCCCUAAAAUUAUUUUCUUUUUAACAGAAAGUCAAUUAUUGAAAUAUUUCCUAGCAGAACUGGAUGUCAACAUACAAGCACGAUAAAUGAUAUUUUUUGAGAUGUAAUGAGAUAAACAAAUACAUAAACACUAAUAUAAACGUACUAGAUUUGAGUGAGAGAGAUUAUUUUCUCAGAAUUAAUUAGCAUUAAUGUUAAAAAUAAUUUAAGAGUUAUUUCAUAUC